UAAUGUGGCCUCCUGCUGCUGUUGCGCUGCCGCUGCACAAUUUCUGUUCUCAUCCUGAAGCAAAGUUCUUAACCCGAGGUACUAUUUCUGGAUUAGCGGAGUCUGUAACCUGAAGUGUAUGUAACCUGAGGUACCACUGUAUUCCGUUGAUUCUAAGCAGAAGGAGCAGCUGCCAAGUGCCUCUGCUUUUGAAGUAAGCAUGCAGAAGAAGGGUGGAUAAGCAAGUUUGACAUUUCCAAUUUAGCAGAGCAACUCCCUGCUUAGCUCCCUAAUGUAAGUUGUCAGGGUUUUAUUCAGUGCUUCCUGCCUCAGUGCCCUAGAAAUCUACUGAGUUUCUCAUGAAAAUCAUAAGGCACAAUAAUAGGUUUACAUUUAUAUCAGAUGGGAAGAGUUAUGAAUGACUUAGGCUUUUAUCUGCAUUUUAAAAGAGGAAAAUAAAGUUGCUUGCAAUCUAACAAAAUAUAAUUUUACCUACUUGCAGUCGCCUCUUCAAGUUAAAUUUGAUCUCAUGGAUAUUGGAACUAAUGCCAAAAAGAGAGAAAACUGAAAUUAAAGGAUUACAUUUUAUUUUCAAAGCAGGGUUUGGUUCCUUUUCAAUAAGGAAAGUCACACCUGGCAUUUCUUAGAUUUAGGAACCACAAGAUUAAGGUGUAACUCUCCUUUCUUAUAGUUCUGUUUUCUUAGGUUUAAUUGUCAAGUGCCAUUCAGUUUUGGAAAACAAGCAAAACAGGUAUAUCACAUCUCUGGCUUGCAUAUUUUUCUCUCUGCAUCUUCUGAAAUAAGCCUGAAUAAAAGAAACAGCUUUCCGCUACACCCAUAAAGAUGUUGCUGGAACACUGUACAGCCAAGAGAACUGUCGAAUCAGUUUGUUUACAUGCUACUGAUCUCGGUUUUGUUUAAUGACAAAUGUGCUCUAGCCUGUGGUCCACAGGGAACUAAAAGUGCAUGUAUGGUUGCCAAGGAUGAGACUUCAGCACCUAGGCUAUAUGGAAGACAGAUUUUAGCUAGAAGUUAGAAUUGCUUUGUUUCAAAAGAAGUAUUCAUAUUUAUAUAAGUUUUAAGCGGGUUGUAAAUCAGCCAUGUUUCCUACACCUAAUAUUUAAUCAUCUUAUCUAUGCAAUAAGAUCUAUGGUAAAGAAGUAGAUACAUAGGUAAAUGGAACAAUGAAAAUGAAAUUAUAUCUAAUUCCUGAAGUUGCUGCCUUCUGUGGAAGGGGUAUGCAACUGGCCUGCUUCCAAACUUUAAUUUCAGUUUAGGAAUUUUCACAAGGUAAAAAUAAAUAGCCUAGAAGUUAGAAAUCUAUAGCCUUGCAAGUAAUUGAAGAUGGACACAGGAUUAUUCCAUGUGUCUGUUCCAGAUAUAAGAUUUUUAGGACCUCUUCUUACAGAUUUCUUAAGAGAUGCAGAGCUUUUUCCUGACUCAAACAUUCUAGUCAGUUUCUGUUCAGCAGAUUCAGUCUGGCCCAAAUGAUUGUGGGAAGAAGCUAGAGCAGCAUUAGGAAAAGCCUAACCGAACAAACGGGGUUUUGAACAUGGGGGAAACUCAGAGCUUUCAAAGGCACAGAGGUCUUCUGCUUCCCACAAUGUAUUUCUAUUUGCACAGUUUAGACCAUUUCCCACAGGACUGUGUAGAACUAUGACUAGUUCUUUGAUGUCUGGUUACACCGUCGUAAUUGCUCAAUAAUUCCUUAAUAAUCAUUGUAAUUUGUUUUAAAGUAUGUGGAAAUGGGAUAUCUUUCAAGAAACAGUGCUGCAAUAUCAAAUGUCUUGUGGGCAAUGAGGCAAGUUUGCAGGGCUUUGGAGUUUUUUGACCUUUACUAUUGUCUUUUAAAGCUUGUGUUGUAAGUCCCUCCUUCUGAGGGUGUGGCUAUUUCCUCUUCAUCUUCCACCUGCUCCCAGAAAAUCUAUGUAACCGAAAGUGCCUCUUAGUGUUCCAGCUGUUUCCUAUAUCUGAACAGCCAGUUGAAAAUCAGCCCCAGGUAUGGACCUAGAUAUAUGAGGGUUGUGUGGCAUAUUUGUAUAUUUUGUUCAGAGAGUGGCACGUAUCUGUGUUCACAGCCCAUUUUGACGCAAAAUGCAGACAUGGUGUUUUGAAACUUUAACCCAAUUUAAAAUACCGUUUUGAUCUAUACGCUAUCCGUAACGGGCUAUGCAUUUCUAUAAGAUGUGUUUCUUUCUUACCCCAUUGUAGAAGAAUUUUGAGUUCUGCAUUCCAACAAAAUAAUCUUUGCCUUGUGAAUUUAGAGAGGGCGGCUGCCCAUGCACAGCUCCCCACCCUCUCACGUUUAGGGUGAAGACAGGCUCUCUGUAUACUACCCUUUAUUGGGUUUAAAACUAUGAGAGUGGACAACAGUGCUGUCAAAGUUUUUAUUAAUUUUAUUUAUAAAAUGUUUACCCCUUCGGACUUGUCACUCUCAUAGCUGCUUACAGCUAACUCGAAAAGGUAGAGCAGUAAAAACAUCAAAUUUGUGGCAGUUACUGUGUGAAAUUUUCUUCAAGAAGCUUCUCAUGGGUUUUAGUCCAGAAUAAAGUCCAGCUGAUUAUAGGGUACUGGGGGGUGGGGUGGGCGAUGGCACUGUAUAAAAUGUAAUUAUAAAUACAGAAGGGUAUGAUCUCUAGGAUUAUGUUUUGGGCUUCCAUGUUUCCAGUGCACUGAAGUAACAUUUGCUGCUAGUCACGGUUUUUCUUCUGCUUGUGCCCUCUAGUAGGCCACCUAUGUUUGCAUGAAGGUUGCAAGAUGCUGGUGUUAAACUGUUCUACAAAGCUGCAAAUACUGGAACACAAAUUACUCAGUAAUUUUCCUGAAUCACUCAAGGUUUAUGGAGCAGUGCUAAAUAUAAACAGAGGAAACCCCUUCAGGAAGGAAGUGGUGGUGGAUUCAUGGCCAGAAUUUAAAGCUGUUAUUACCCGCCGGCAGAGAACGGCUGAAAGUGAUGACCUGGACCAUUUUACCAAUGCCUAUGCUGUAUUCUACAAGGACCAGCAAGCGUAUCAAGUGUUGCUGGAGAACCCAGAAACCGUAAACUGGGAGCAAGUCUUCCAAAUACAGGGACUGCAGGAUGGAUUGUACGACGUUUCCCAAGCUGUAGCUAGUUCCAAGCUUGUGGAUGUAAAGCAGUCUUGUUUCCAAAUGGUUAUCCAUCCAGAUCCUGAUACACUUCCUGAGGUUAAACUCCCGCUAGUACCUCCACCCAAGCUUGCUUCCCUCGAUGUCUCCCAUGCCAGCCUGCUGAACAGCACAUGGUCCCGAGGAGGAAGCGAACAAUGCCGAAAAUACCUUGCCAGCCUCAUUUCCUGUUUCCCUAGUACCUGCGUCCUGGAUGAAGGGGGCUGCCCCAUUGCCUGGGGUUUGACGGACCAAUUUGCUACUAUGAUCCAUGGUUAUACUUUGCCGGAACACCGCAGGAAAGGGUACAACCGCCUCAUAGCGACAGUCCUCGCCAAGAAGUUACAUAGCCAGGGCUUCCCAGCUCAGGGAAAUGUCCUGGAGGAUAACGUCCCAUCAGUAACUCUACUGAAAAGCAUGAAUGCCCAGUUCUUGCCCUGCCAGUUUGUCAGACUUAUCCACACGCCUUUCGGUUUUGUAAACACAUCUCGGCUGUAGCUUAGCUUAGAGAUUCAGUGACCUUUGUGGCAUUUCUUUACAACGGAUGAAAGAUACACUGCAGCAGUUUGGGGGGGGGGUGAAAUUUGGUGAUAUGUAGAAAAGUCAGAAAACUUCAUAGAAUCUUAGAGUUAGUCCAGCCCCCUAGAAUGCAGGAAUCUCAGCUAAAGCAGUAUGCAUAGUACCAUAUUUUCCGGCGUAUAAGAUGCCUGGGCGUAUAAGACGACCCUCCAACUUUUCCAGUUAAAAUAUAGAGUUUGGGAUAUACUCGCCGUAUAAGACUACCGCUCUUCCAACGCACACCAAAUAAAAAUUUUAAAAACCAGUCUCCAGUCCGGCUCGGAAAUCCGCUCCACUUCCCAGUGGCCGGGGGCUUCUGGGGCCAAUUUUCAAGCUUAUUUCUGCUUCAUCUAGAGAGCUUGGUGUCCUCUGAUUUAAUUUGCUGUCAUUUUAUCCUGGUGGGGAGUUGCUGCAGGAGCUGCUGCUGUAGCCGGCGUAUAAGACGACCCCCGACUUUUGAGAAGAUUUUCCUGGGUUAAAAAGUAGUCUUAUACGCCAGAAAAUACAGUACUUUCUUGUGCAUGAAAAUCUAUCUGGAAAACCAGUCCUCCCCAAAGUCUAUGAUAAAGCUCUGACGGACCUCAGUAAGAUUUUAUUUUAACCUAACCCAAAUGUAUCUAGCACCAGACGUUUAUUAUAUGAAUUCAAAAGUAGACUCCUGUGCAGUGGGGUGGUGAUGGGAGGCAGCCAAGCACACUUGCCCCUGGCUUCGGAGGGCUAAGCUGGCCAGAGGGGCCCUGCCAGCGGCUCAGACAAGCUGCAGAGAGCUGCUUCUGUGCAUGUUGUGAAUAUGAAUCUGGGUGAAUAUCACCAAUCCAUAAUGCAAGCUUAUCCGAGUCCAAUUAAACAACUGCAUCUUCUAAUCCAAAUCGGUUUGGGCACCCCACAUUAAGAGCUACCAAAAUAGAUAGAUAUUGUGAUCCCAGAAGUCUCUGCUUUAGUGCUUAGUGCAGGGGUCAGCAAACUUUUUUAGCAGGGGGCCAGUCCACUGUGCCUCAGACCUUGUGGGGGGCCAGACUAUAUUUUGGAAAAAAAAUAUGAACAAAUUCCUAUGCCCCACAAAUAACCCAGAGAUGCAUUUUAAAUAAAAGCACACAUUCGACUCAUGUAAAAAAACACUGAUUCCCAGACUCUCCAGGCCGGAUUUAGAAGGCAAUUGGGCCAGAUCCGGCCCCCAGGCCUUAGUUUGCCUACCCUUGGCUUAGUGUAUCAUUUCAUAUUGUUUAAAUGAACCUUAAGUUUUUGUUGCUUCAACUGUUCUUAAUUAUUACCUUAUCCUCUCAUAGAAAUAUUAGGAAUGAAUAAUAGAUUGCAGUUGCACUUGCAUUAAACUAGCUAUUCUCUCACCUA